CUCUUUAUCUUCUUUGUCUUUCCCACUGUAGAUAGAAUCAAUGGAGAGAAUUGGGAAGACACGCAACCAUUUUUUCCAGAGAAGAAAGUCCCAAAAGAAAGGAAAUAAUAAUGGAAAGAUAGAGAUAGGAAGAUGAGGGAGGGAGGGAGGGAGGGAGAAAGAGAGAGGAAUUGAGAGAUGUCUUCCUCCAACCAAACCCACCUCACACAACAACAUAGCCAUAAAAAAAAGAGAUGCAGUUGUCACAAAUACCCUUCUGCAAAUAAUUCCCGCAGCUUCAUUCAAUUUCAAUCCUUCAAAGUUCAGAUGGAUAGAUAGAUAGAUGACAUACAUACAAUGCAUUUCCCUUCCCCGAUUUACAUGGGCUUUUUGGGCUUUGCCCGGGUCAGAGUUUUCACAGAGAAAACAGGAAAGCAAGAACCUUCCCACCUCUUCUUUCUCACCCUUUUUCCUCUUCCUUCUCCUCUGUCAUUAUUAUUAUUAUUAUUAUUAUUGCUUAUUCUCUUCCACCUCUCAUUCUGGGUCAAUAUAUCUCCCAUUCAUCUUUCUUCAUCUGUUACAUUUUCUCUAUUCUCUCUUUUCUCUUGGGCCUUUCUUUUCUGAUCCUGUGAUCUGAUGAUGUCUAAGAGGAUGAAAUUAGGGGUUUCUUUAGCUCCAUCUUCUUCUGGGUCAUAUGAAGAUGCAAAGACCAGGCUAAAGCAUCAGACUCUUUUGCAGGAAUACCAAGAACUGCAGAUGGACACUGAUAUUAUUAGAGACAACUUGGAUGCCAUUAAGAAGAGAAAGUUGAUCCUGCUUGCUGAAGUCAGGUUCCUUAGACUGAAACACAAGAAUCUUAUAGAAGCAAACUAUCAAGCACCCACAAUACAGCAACAACAACAACAACAAAAUCUAAAGAAGACAAACAGCAAGAGUAAUCCUCGACAACUUUCCAUUCGCAAGGACAAGGGUGUAAAAAUCUCUAAUAGUAAUAAUAAAAAUAAGAAGAUCGAUAAAGCUUCCUCCUCCGCAGCUCAAAAGCCAUUUCAUUUUGCAAAACCGAAAGAGAAGGGGAAUAAACCAACAGCCAUGAGUUUUGAUUCUAGUAAAGAAAGAUUGAUUUCUAAAAACGGAAGUGUCUUCUUGGGAGGAGGAGGAGGAAAGGACAAAGCUCCAUUCUUUGACCUGAAUCAGAUAUCGAGAGAGGAGCUGGAGUUUCAAGAUGAAGAAGAAGAGCCAAUGAGGAUUGAAGAGAUGAAGAGAUCUGUUGCGAUGACGAGGGAAGGAGCAGAUGAACACGCUGGCGAAUUGAAGUUAGCGAUGUGUAGGAAUAUGGGGAAUGGUAAUCAUCGAACAACAGGAGGGAAGAGGAAGAUUUCAUGGCAAGAUCCAGUUGCUUUGAAGGUCUGAAAGGGAGUACUUACUAUCUUUUGGUUCAAUGGUUUGAACUCAUAAACAUUUCAAAAUAUUAUUAUAUAUACACAGAAAUAGUAAUAGUAAUAGUGGUGGUAGUUGAUAUGCUUUAAAAUAUAUAUAGGAUGAACUGAUAUCAAUUCUAUUGCUAUUAUUACUGUAAUGAUUUGAUCUUUUCAAAUAUAGCUAUUUAGUGUUUUCUGUUAA